CAAAAUGAGUAAAACAAGCUUAGUUAAGCCUGCAGCUGUGGAAGAGAACCUUAAUCCUGCUGUCAGCCCAGAGGCGUCUGACACUCGACAGGAAUUAGUCCAAAAUGUCGUUCCGCAAGAGGUGGUAGGAGAGUCCUUCAAAACUUUACAGUUACUGAAGGGAUGGCCUCUUGUAUUGUUCAUUUUGAACAAGGGAGAAGAAACUUAUAAAUCUGUGAAGCAUAGCACUAAAGUAACUGAAAUUGGCCUAAAUAUUUCCGAGAAAGUGGCGACAGCUGUCACAAAUUGUACUGGCAAUAUAAUUCAAAAAAUCAAGCCCGUGUUGAAGUUGGUAGAUAAUCCAGCGAGCGAAGGUCUGGAGCGAUUGGAGAAAAACUUUCCUGUUGUCAAAGAAUCACCCGAGAAGAUCUACGAUAGCGUCGUUGGACGUUUAGUGAGUUUCAUUAGCCCAGCAGUAAAUACAGCGGUCAUGGUAACUGAGGUCGGACGGAAGCAAGUGAAAAGAACUACAAAAACUAUAGUUAAAUCCUCUCGCAAGGUGAUUGCGCUGGUGGAAAACCGGUUGGAGAGAUUUGAGCAAUACAUGGCUGGAACGAGGCUGGAGAUCGCUACAGAGCAGUCAGGACAAGCGUCCACUUCCCUAGAGUCGGAAGCAGUGGCCGGCACUGCGUGCGCUCGUAAGCUGAGAGCGGCGGCCGGCGCCUGUUUGCGCUCAGCGACGUCGCUGUUCAUGUUCUGGCUGGGCACCUCGUUCUGGCUGCUCGAGCGCCUGCCGCUGGUCGGCCGCUUCCUGUCUGAAACCCCCGCGUCGCCGUCUCGCUCCAGCGGGAUCUCCACGGCCUCGUCCUACUCGUCACUCGCCGAUGAGCCGGCGGCUGAGGAAGCCCGGGGCAGCCAGCUGCCGCCAGAGAUCGCGGAGGCGACACAGUGACUACCUCAAAUGCAGUUAAUUCAAACAAUAGUUUCACUGUUAAAUUGUGAA